AUGUCUCCCAGGCUUGUGCAACCGGACUGCUACACCAACACUGAUUAUGAAAUUGGAAAGCGGCUGUUCAAUGUUUAUAUGGCUUUAAUGAUAGUUCACACCUCGCCUAAUGGCAGAACAGAUGAUUCAUUGGUCGAGGCGGACCGAUUUAUUGAUUCGAAAGCUUAUGAUUUCGAAGCAGCGCUAGUAGCCAUAAAGAGCUUGAAUCUAGAUUUACCCCGCACGAACAAAUUUGACGAUGAGAGUUGUGAAGAUUACAUAUACAAAAUUCUCGGUUUCGUCAGAUUGUCCGAUAGCAGGGAAGACUUUGUUCCUCUGCUGACAAAACUCCACGUGCAAAUCCCAACUUGCUCAGCUGACACUGGAAUAUCGACAACAGCCUAUAAAGAGUCAGUGUUGGAGGAAGCGGCAGGGCGUUAUGUCAGCCCCACGCCUACUCAGUGCUCCUCUAACGCGAAUGAUGAGCCUGAAAUCUGGAAGUAUACGUCUCGUUUAUGGGAGGAUGGGUCGAAUCACGGAGUGACGCCCAAUGUCAAAGAAAGUUGCCUCAGCAGUUAUCCGCCCAAGUUUCGGAUCACCAUUUCUUACAAGGGUAUACAAGCUUCGGGUGAGGGUAAAACUAAGAAGCUUGCGAAACACAUCGCAGCUAAAGGUGUUUGCCACAGGCUUGGGCUCCAGCCAUGUUGA